AUGAAUUCCAUGUUCAGUUCGUUUGAUGCUUUGUGCGCUGAGUUUCUGGGCCAAAAGGUGAAGGCCUCCUUCCCUACCCAGCAGCAGCAGAAGAGUACUGGGGCUGUGGUGAACAACAAGGCCUCAGUUUCAGAUAAUUUGAACAACAGGGAGGAGGCCUCUUUGCCUCAGCAAGCUCAGCCUGUGAAAAAGCAGCAGAGCCAGAAGGCACCGCCACGGUUCGCGUUAGAGUUGGAUGGGCUCAACUGCUUUGAGACCCUCGUCUGUCGUUAA